GGACUUGUCUGAGGGGGUCAUACUAGAUCCUAAAGCAGUCAUCAUUCAAGGACUCUUUCUCGUUCAACACUUGCUAGCUCCUCAGCAGGCGACUUCUUCAAGCUCAAGGCAUCGAGGAGGAACAGGAAGGCGGCAAAGUGCCAUGAACCGCUCAGGAUCUGUCAUAUCAUUGGGCGGCAGCAGUCCUAGUAGCAUGGCGGAAGCAACAGCAGAGGUAUUGGUGCAUCGGCAGAGAAGUGCAAUCUUCGGAGGCAGAGAAUUCUCAAGGCACGAGCAGGGGACUCUGUCACGGCUUCUGGAACAAAGUAGUGAAGAAAACUUUCAAGUAGCAGCAGGUACAAGUAGUGGUGCUAGUGACGCGCGAGGCACCUCCAGCACAGAUAAUGGACAACGCGCAGGAGUUCGGGAAGAGGAAACAACGAGGAAUGCCGCAAGUUUUACCGCUGCAACUACAGGUGAGCGACACCAGUUGUCUUCUUCAUCUCCAAAGAGAGAACUUCAUCCCAGACGUCAUUUACUCCGUUGCAUGCUCGCAGAUGCUGCCAGACGCGUUGUGCUGAGCGUCCGGGAGCGAGAAGCAGUUUAUCGCGAGAUCUUUUUGACCUACGUCCAACCACAUGCAGCAACCAGCACCGAAAUAUCUGGUGGUCAUCUACAGCAUCUAGUAGGUCUCGAACAGCAUCAGCUGCAGGUGCCGAAUGCCGUGACGAACAACGUGAAUCAACAUCUGGGGGGCAACGUUGAUCAACCUAGCUUAGGUGUGCCUAAUCGUCCUAAGGAACUACCGCUGGCUCUACCGGAUGCUGAUCGCAUGCAUAUCGAGAAAAUACUCGGAGUUUCCGGGUCAACGUUUUCGCAGCGUGUACGACGUGGCGAGAUGGAUGGCUACUUUGAAAGUGCGCUUGCAGUCAGUCUAAGAAGCCUCUCAGCCACGCCUCAUGGGG